UUUCCCAGUUCUUUCCUUACUACAUACUUGUUGCAGCGCAUUUGGAAUAUCUGAUAGAUUGUGUAUAUUAUAUCUAGUGCCAGUACUAUUGCGGACGACAACGGAGUAGAAUGUGGUUUUCCUCCUCGGCUUUGCGCGAGAGCCUCUGGAGCUCCGUCGUUAUCAAAGUGAAAAAAGCCCCCACCCCAUAUCGGAAACGGAAGAUGCGCGAAUUUGUGAUGCUGUAUUUGAGUACACAAAUCAACUUGUAUUGCUAGAAGGCCAAGAGACGAAGCUGCGGCCUAAAUUGCAGGCAAUCUGUCAUGCUGUUUCCACCUUCCAGUUGCCUACUGUCAUCCUGGAGCUGCAAGGCUUUCUCACGCUAGACAGCACUACAGUUCGCAUCUUUUGCCUUCUAGCGUCACAGACCUGAUUUGUGACCACAAAUCUGCAUCACAGAUUUCCGUUUUGAUAUGGGGAGGGGGCAUUUUUCAUUGUAAUAGUCGUGGUUGAUUCACGAAUGGCCGUCUGCAUCACCUGGAUUCUUCUUUUUCUAUCAAAUGUGAAAAUGUCUGGGUCUGGAAGAAUGCAACUUGUCAUGCUAAAUCUGCAGCAUGCAAAAAUCUGUGUUGCAUGAUUACCAAAAGUCGUCCAGUUUUGACCAAGUCGGGAGGUAGUUUCUCAUGCAGGAUAGGCAUUCGAAAGGUCUCGCAGAAUCUGUCAUGCUAGGUCCUGCAUUCCAGAUCUCAUGGGUCAUGGAAAAGCAGCAUGACAAAUCGCGCAUUCUUCCAGACCCAGACAUUUUUACAGUUGAUAUUUUCUCACGAUGGGCGAUAGAACAACAAGUUCAUGCUCCGCGGUGCAGCUGCGAUCCAGUCUUGUUGGUAUCGCGCAACGAGGUGGAGCAUCCUCGGUUAGUGGCGCUGCUGCUGUGCAGAAUGGCGAGAGGCCCGUAAAAAUCGAGUCCGAAGCGAUCAGUGGUGAAAGUGAAACCUCUGAAAGCGAGCCCCCCUCUUUCACCGUUCUGAGCUGGAAUAUUCUAUCGGAUACGUGUUUGCAACGCCAACUACGGCCGCGAAUGAAAGUGGCUUGUCCUGACUGGGCAUCCCGCGGUCAGAAUAUCCUUGCACAGAUCCAACAACAGAAUCCGGACGUCAUCUUGUUGCAGGAGGUACUUACAACAGCUGGUAGUUUUACGUAAGACGAAAGAGGUUACUGUUAUUGACUGUUACUUUUUCAGCCCAGCUGUGUCGACCCACACGCAUCUUCAACUUGACCCUCUCAUUUCGUGUGUGAGUGUGGUCUACCGAAAACCAUUUUCGAAUGACAUUUUCUGUGCGAGUCAGUGGAUUGUCAUCAUACACAAUAUGAUUAUGUUACAAGGUCGACGAGCAGCUGUGGACUGACUUUUUCCAGCCAAAGCUGGAGGCUCGUGGUUACGACGGGCAAUUUGUGGUGAAGCACUACGACUUGGCCAAGUUUUCGAAAAACGGGAGCCGGAAGGCGGAUGGGUGCGCCACGCUCUGGCGAACUUCGAAGUUUUUCGCAGACUCCGGGAAAGCAAUCGACUUUCAUGCCUUGUACACGGAAAAAUACCUUCCCCACAGUCACACGCGGACUGCCAUUCGCGAUCUCGCGCUGCAGUCGGCGGAAGUAACUGCAAGGCGUGACGCGAUCAUGCACGAAACAAACCCGCAAGGAGCAGCACAAGCACGCACAGAUGGCGUCGCCCCAGCUGCAGCAGCGCCUCGCCCGGCUACGCGUGACCCCUCCGCGUCGCGAAAGAAUAAACGUGGCAGGAGUGAUUCAACAUCCGCGAAGAAAAAUAGUAAAGCUGCCCUGGAGAUAACGCAAAGGUUGAGUGCGCUCUCCCUGGAACAAGGAGGCAGUAGUGAUAGCGCUGCAGGCAAAGAUACCGACGGAGGUGUAGCAACAAGACCUGCAAUUUCCGGACAAGCAGGAGACUACCGGGCAUCAGAACGUGAGAAUCCCAGCAGUUGCAGCGAGGGAUCAUCGCUGGAGGAGGGAUCAUUUGAGAUCGUCUCGGCUGUGAGCCAUUCAGGCGAUGACCUCUCUUCGUCGACGUCAGGCGGUCGGGCGGACUCGUCGUCCGCACGCUCUGAGCUACGAGCGUCUCCGGUGAUAAAGCCUCCACCUGGCGCGGUAACCACGCAACCGGACGAAAGAGAGAGAGCGACCACGAGGACAACUCUAUGAAAAGGAAAAAUCCCCCCUCCCCAUAUCAAAACUAAAUUUCUGAUGCUGGAUUUGGGUACACAAAUCAGAUUUGUGUUGCAGAAAGGCAUGGCGGCCAGAUCCGCAGGCUAGCUGGGGGCGUAUGGGUCUAGUUGCUCAGCAUGGCAAGCGGCCUCCCUUUAGGCCCAACAGCAUGACAAAUCGCUUCCAUAAUGGGGCGGAAGCUUCUGCCCUUGUCUUCUUGCAAGACAGAUGCGAUUUGUGACCUCAAAUCAGCAACGCAAACUUUCGGAGACAUACCUUUUCGAUAUGGGGAGGGGGGAUUUUUCCUCUCAAUAAACUCUUCGUGCGAGCGCACCAGAAUUUGUACCCCGGAGAAGCCGUACCGAGAGCAGCGGCGGCAGCGAGAGCGAAGCGGGCUCUUCCGGGUCGGCUGCCUCGCAGAGGAACAGCUUCCUGGGCAGCAGCGGCGCAGCCGGUCUGUCCGCACACCACACUUCGGGGGAUCCCACACCAAUGGAUAGCUACAACGUCGCCCUAGUGCUGGUCCUGCGACUGAAGGAAGACCGUAAGCAUCCAUCUGAUGUUGACCACUCUGCCGAGGGCCGCAGGAAAACAACAACAAGCACCGACGUUUCUGCAGACGAACGAAGUCUAGCGGUACAACUACACCAAGACCACCAAAAGACCGUCGUGAUAGUGAACACGCACUUGAUUUACGGCAGCGAAGCGAAUCACGACCUCGUCCGCCUGUGGCAGGCCUGCGCGCUUCGGGAGGUUUUAGAGAAGGAAUACCGCGGGCCUGCGUACGAAUACAGACUGCCGAUGAUACUCGGUGGCGAUUUCAACGCGGAGCCGAGUUCUUUGUUGUAUCAGUUCAUGAAGUCGGGAUAUGUACCGACCGAUCUUCUUGUCCGCGACGCUUUCCGCCAUAGCACGCGUUUAAUGACGGGGCUGCAGCGGUGGGAGGAAGACUUGCUGAAGCGGAUCCGCCGCCCCCAGACCCAGGCCGAGUCGCAGCAGCGGUUCUUGCCGCUCCGAAGCGCUUUCGACCUCCUGCGUCAGGGCGCGGAGCCGGCAUUUACGCAGAGCCAGGAACAAUUUCAAUUGGACGCGACCUUGUUCAGUCCUUCUGUUUUCGAGCGCAAGACGCUUGACUACCUCUUCGUCACCAGCGACUUAUUACGGGCCGAAUCCGCAGACGUUGUCACCGCGUACGACCGCGCUGCAUGCAGAUGCACCUCCGGCUUUGACAGCAGCCCGCCAGAUGAACCACCUUUGUCUACUGGCGCGGCAGGAGAGUUGCGCAACAUUGCUAGCGCCGCCGCCACGAGUAGUUGGUCGCAGUCUGACAGCCCGAAUUCAUCAAGUGUUGGCUUUCAGAGUCGUGAUUUAGACGUGUCCGCACCCGUCGUGUCGGACCAUUUUCUAUCAAAUGUAAAAAUGUCUGGGUCUGGGAACUUGUGAUGCUGGGUAGCGUCUCAUGAUGAGGCUACAAAUGCUGGCUCAGCAUGACAAGUUUCUGAGCUCCUAGGUGUUGCCUAUUCUGCAUGACAAACUGCGCUUCUGCAUCACAGAAAUACGCAGCUCUUGGGUAACGUGCAUGACAGAUUUAAGAGUCAUGCCAGACAAGCAUGACAAACAUGAAUUCUCCCAGACCCAGACAUUUUUACAUUUGAUAUUUUCCCUUGGUUGCGAGGUUCUCCUUUGCAGGCCCCCUCAGCAGUGUCACGGUACAGAAGUUCGGACAGUUCCCCCGCGCGUGCAGUCUAGAAGUCAUGUCGUUCGGAAGCCGCGACCUGGUGCUAGCCGCCCAGGAGAAGCAGUGUCAAUUGUUCGAGAGUGAUUUCGUCCGCAAGAAUUCGACAGCCAGUGGCGACCAUCCGGUGCUGCCGGCUGCUGACGCGAAGGACAGGGAGAGGGUGUUCGGCACCCUUUUGCACAGCGCAGCUGCUUCGGGAUUACCCUAUAUCGUGCGGUCCCUGUUGAACCGGGCUGGAGCCACACCGGAUUUUCCGCACCCGAGGACGGGAAGAACUGCCCUCAUGGAGGCAGUAGAAAAUGGGCACCACCACGUGCUUGGCCUGCUCGCGCAUGUUGGCGCCGAUUUGGAUUUGCCGAACCCACAGACCGGUGUGACACCCCGGGUGUUCUACGAGGGAACCUUGACGCAGAGCUUGCAACACGUGUACAGCCUGUUGUGCUCUAGCACUUCAAGCACCCCUGAGAUUCAACGUGCGCUGCUGAAAUUGCCUUUUCACAUUAUUGAGAAGGUCCGCACCUGCCCGCAGCUGCAGGGAUGCUACGAGGCAGCGAGACGAAACCGGCAGCAAGGGAGUAGUGGCAGUACAACUCCUGCGCCGACUCAACAGCAGGGUCUCCCAGCGGUGGAUCAAGCAUGUGGUGCUGGUGGUGCCUUUCAGAACAGAAGUGAAGAUACAAGAACUUCUGAACAACGACCAGAAGGCAGCUUAUCAUCAGCUUCACUUGCUCAUGCUCAACAUGCAACUGAAAAUGUUGACCAAGGGCGGACAUACCACGCGUCACCCCCAUCUUCCAAUGCAGCCACGGCGACACCUGAGCUGCAUGUGUAUGAGCCAACCGUGGCACAACUGAUAGACCAACUGCCUUUUCGCGCUGGCUCGCUCCAGCAGGACAACCCGGUUCGUGCGCUGGGCGAAGCUGCGCUGCAACAGCAACAAGAUAUACUGCGCUUACGGCAUGCUGUGCAGUACUUUGCUUGCCAAAGUCAAGCUCACCAGGCGAAUGCGGAGCAACUGCGUCAGCAAAAUGCAGUUCUCGUGGACGCAAACGCACAAUUGCUCGCCAGGUUGCAAAAGGCUGAGCAGCUAGUUCAGUCCUCGGCCCACUCAAUGCUCGAAUUGCGAAACGUUGCGUUCGAAUAUCAAAAACGCUGUGCGGAAGCCGGGCAAAAGUCGUUGUCGAGCAGAUUGGCUGAUGAGACAAUAAAGCCAGGAAUUCCUUCCUCCGCGGGGCAGGAUUUGGCCGCCGCCUCUGGGGUGCUUGCUAGCUGCGAGCAACAGUCGAGCAGACCAAGUUGUGGACCUGCUUCACAGUGUAAUUCCGGGUCUAGCAGCACAAUCUUAAACGGUGGAGUAGGAGAAGGCGAGGAUCCAGCCAUAGCCGACGGCUCGAACAGCCCUCACCAAGAAGGAAACACGCCUGAGCACAGCGUCACUUCGGAGGUCUCCUCUCGGGAAACAGAAAAUGAAUGGAUUGUUACGGAUGUGACGGAAGGUCGUGCGGCAGCAAACGGCGAUACGAGUUCGCUAGACCGCGAGCGUGGCGCUGCUGCAGCUUUUCUCGCGCAAGCACGACAGGUGAGAAGGGAAAGCGUUGCGGAAACACGUGAACCAGAACCUGCUGCCGAGCGUAAAAUAGAAAAACAAUAUGCACAGAUUUGAAGCAUAGUGAAGGAGGUGCAGAAACGAGCGCAUCGGCAGGAACAAAGUAGAUAUGAAUUUGCAAUUUUCAGGGUCCGUCAUGUCUAUCGGAGCUGUUCACAAAAGGUGAUCACCGUGGUCGUUGCACGGUGAGAUGGGCAACGAUAUCGAUAUGCCACAGAAAUAGCAUUGCAAUAAACAAAAUAUAGAAGUACUUUUUGGCUUCAUGUUGUGCCUCGAAUGUCUUGAUUACCUCAACAAAUAAUGAUCAUUACUUUCUCAUUGUCACUUCACAGAACGGUCUAGCGUGACCAUCUUUUGUUUUCUGAUGAAUGUACCGAUUCACCAGGGUUUUUGUUUUACUUAUAAAUAUGUUUUGCAGGAAAACCCCUAUUGCUAUUUGUGUCUUGUCGAAAUGCACACCGGAAUCUCAUCAAGGCGUCCGUCCAUGAUGGGUGGCAACAUGCAAUCAAAAUGUGUUUAUCGAUCGAGUUUUUUUAGGUGGAAAUUUUCCGAAACAGAAGUUGAUGUUCUUCCUCGAAGUUGCAUUGUUCGGUCCACGAAGAAAUGGAGCGUAGAUACGACAUCAAAAUAGAUGCCGCGAAUCAAGAUCGCAUCUGACCUGCUUGUGUUUUCCCAUUC